ACUGGAGGCUAUAGUGAGCUCAAGACAAGCAAUCUGCUGCGCAUGAAUUACUGAAGCUUCUCAAGCUUCGCUUCUUGACUAAUAUUACAGCUAUAAAACCUUCAAAUUUAAAUGGAGGCACGAUAAGUACUUACGGUUUCAAAUCCUGGCUGUCUUUGCAAGAUCUCAAAAGAGCCAUCAUACAAAAGAAAGUUUGGCCCUGUUUCGAAUUCCUAGCGCUGCACGAAAGCUAGCGACUCUGAGCACGGGUUUUGAGUUGGGUCCUGAGUUGGUUGAGCAAUCUGGGAAAACGCCUUCUGUUUGAUCAGCAUUGAGAAUGCAUGUUGAGCUGAAGACAGCGAGUGAGCAGGCGGGAGAAGGCCAGCUUGUCAGGCAUGCUGGCGGUUGUCACUGCCGUAGCGUUCGCUUUGAGGUGGAUGCACCAGCAGACCUGGUUGUGUGGGACUGCAACUGCUCAAUAUGUGCGAUGAAAAGAAACACACACUUCAUUGUGCCUAGCACAAGAUUUCAUCUCCAGAAAGGUAGUGGAAAGUAUCUCUCUAACUACCAGUUCAACACAGGAGUUGCCAAGCAUUUGUUUUGUAAAGUGUGCGGGAUCUGCUCCUUUUACGUGCCGCGAUCGAAUCCAGACGGCUAUGCGGUUACCGUGCAUUGCUUGGAUCCGGGUACAGUACGCAGUGUGACCAUUCAUCAGGCUGACGGCCAAAACUGGGAACAAUUCAUGGCUAACUCGGAUAUUAGAAAGUUCUCGAAAGAUUGAAGUUGCUGCAACUUCAACGACGUUGUGACUUUAUAGCUAUAGACCAGUGUUAGCAAACAGGCGGACUCAUGUUGAGCUGGACAAUGUAGAUGCAUGUAGGUAGAUCAAGAUACAUAGGUCGUAAACGAGACGGUUAAAGUCGAGCUCAAAUAUGCAAGAUAUCGAAUACACAUCAGGCUACUUGGUUAAAGACGCUCUCCAUUAAGACUGGGGCAGGGUAAGGACAAUCUCUAGCUCUCUCAGAUUCGUUGCAAACUGAGCAUCCUGAUCCAACAUGAUCCAAUCAAGAACCACGAUAUGGCUCAGCAUGUGAGAUUCGAC